AUGGGCGCUUCGAUCACUGAUAUUAAGUUUAUCAACUCUUGCAUACAAUGGCUAAGCGAGUUUCCAAACAGUCCCAUAUCGGCAACUUCAACUGUUUCAGAUUUGGGCAAGCCAACAAAUGUCUUUAAGUUGUUAAAAGUUCUCUUGAAUGAGGAAGAUUUUGCAGUCGAAUUAAUCGAUGAGGAUUUCGAUGAAGAAAUAGAAGUAACUACUACUGCUAAACACUUGGAGAUACCCCUUGCACUUGAGAGACAGAUUAGUAAUAUAGAGAAAAUUUUAAGGAAUCAUUUAGGUAAUUUAGAGUCUAAGUCUGCAUUGGGAAAGUUCAAGAAAUCUGAAGUCAUUUUGGGACAAAUAAAUUUUUUUAAAAUUGUUAUUUACAGAGAUUUAAAGUCGGUGGCAUCCCUUUGUGAAUUACUUGUAAAGAUCGGCACUUUUUCAUCUAAACUUUCCACUUUUGGGCUUACUUCAAUUCAAUUUUUAAGCGACAGCGAUAAAAUGUCUUUUCAAGAAUAUUUUGGGACAAACUUAAAUGAUCUUAUAAGUCUCGAAGAUGACUUAGAUAAAGAAUUAGAGGAAUCUGAGUUGGAACAGAAAAUAAAGGAGCUUGAAAAGGAAAAAGAUUUGGAGUUGAUAAAUGAAUCAAACAAGUUCAACUUAGAGAAGAUCAAUUUCUUGAAAAUUAUAGACACCUUAAAAGAGGAAAAUAAAGCUCUAAAGAAGUCUCAUGACUCGACAACAGAAAGCGAUGUUGAGAAUUCAAGUAUUUCUUACAUUGACGAAGAGUACAUAAAUUCCAUUGCUUGGGAGAAUAGUCUCUUUGAAAAAGUAGUUUAUAAGUUAUUAAUGCAGUAA